AUGACCCUGAUAACACGUUUACAGGUCGUUCUUGCCAAUGGCACGGUGAUAACUGCGACCUCUACCAAUCACCAUGACCUCUGGCGGUCUCUCAAGGGUGGCUUGCACAAUCUGGGUCUCGUCACGCGAUUCGACAUGCGAACAUUCCCUUCCCAAGACGCCUACGGUGGUAUCACGGCGUUUUCAUACGACCAGGCUGAAGCCGUGCUAGAGAAGCUCGAUGCAAUGAUUCGAAGGAACCCAGAGAACCCAGCAGAGAACGGCUUCGUGUCCUUGUCUUGGAACCCUGCCACGGGUCCCUCUGCGGCAUUCGUCCUCGCCAACGUGGAUGGUGUAGAAAAAUCGACAUCAUUUGUGGGACUCGAAGAGUUGAACCCCGUCGUUGACGCGCGCUCUCAUGCUCCAAUCUCGAGUCUCGUGAAACAGAUCGAGGGAGGGUUGGGGCUCUACAACGUGUGGCUCACCCUCUCAUUUCACUCCUCCAUGAGCAUGGUCCGCAAGGUAAUUGAAGUGUUCGACAGCCUCGUUGCAGAGUUCGAGAACACUCUCGGCAACGACGACCGGAUUAUCUUCGUUUUGACACCUCUGCCGACGAACUACGCGGGACACGGCGAGAAUGUUCUCGGUAUCAACGAUGCGGGUUACGAACCGAGUAUGGUGCUUCAGGCUGAAGCUCUACUAACCACGCCGGAGCAUAAGGAGUUUUUGACAGAAGCUCUUCAGCGAGCAGUCGAAAGCACCAUAUUCCUGUGGUCUGCUACCACGCACCAGCGUACGAGGUGGAAAUACCUCAACUACGCUAAUCCCCUUCAAGAUGUGUGGUGGACUAUUGGAGAGGAUAGCGCAGGCAUAUGA